AUGGGCAUGGACACGUCAAAAUUCGCCUUCCACGACAUCUACGGUACCGACCCCGACCUUCUCGCCAUGGUGCCACAGCCCGUCGCUGCUGUGCUCCUCCUCUUUCCCAUCACUCCUUCCAUGGAGAAGCUACGUGAGACCGAAAACGCAGCCGCUCAACCAGCCACUUCUGACUCGGACAUCUUGUGGUUCAAGCAGACCAUCGGCAACGCAUGUGGCACCAUCGGACUCUUACACGCUCUAGCCAACUCCUCUGCUUCCGACGCCAUCAAGCCCGACUCGCCGCUCGACACUCUCUUCAAGAAGGCAAGGUCGACUCAGGACGCGGACGAAAGAGCGGACAUCUUGGUCAACUCGAAAGAGCUGCAGACGGUUCACGAGGCAACAGCUAGUCAGGGACAGAGUCAGGCUCCCGAGGAUCUGGACAAUGUGAUCUUGCACUUUGUGUGCUUUGUGAAGAGCAAAGAUGGCGAGUUGGUCGAGCUGGAUGGAUCAGGCGGAAGAAAGGGUCCGAUUAAGAGGGGGAAGAAGGUGGGCACGCAGGAAGACUUGCUGCCCGUGGCGGUGGACUACGUCAAGGAGAGCUACAUGGCGUUAAAUCCGGAGGAGGUCAACUUCAAUCUCAUCGCGCUGGGACCUUCUUUUGACUAG